ACUAUUGUCUCCUAUAUACUGUGCACACCAAUACAUAAUAUGCUGCAUAUUUGUAGAAACUCUUAGCAUAAUUUGACCAUUUUGACGGCGAAUUGAAAAGUUCAACGCAGUGAUUUACUUAGGCAAGCUUCGGUGAAUCGGCUGAUGUGUCGCUGCUGAGCAACACAGACUAAGGUGAAUAGGUGAUCCCAGAAUACAGAUAUUACUUUCUACUGGUGCCACUAACCUGAAAUUUGGACACUGUACUAACUAGACCCCAGCGGUACCGAUUAUAAAAUACAAAAUUUUAAAAUUCGAAAAAAUGAAAUCUGUUAAUACUGGCGGAAGGAUUACACACGAAAUCUGUUAAUACUGGCGGAAGUGUUCCAAGAACUUUAUAUACAAAGUAUAAGCUGCUGCCACUAAGCUGUUGAAAAGUUUUACAGUAUAGCCAAUGGUAAACGAUCUAAAAGGGAAUAUUGCAGAGCGUUUGUUAUAAUGUCAUCAAGUAUCUUGUUAUUUGUUGUUUCUGUUUGUAUAUUCAAAUCUGUUCUGUUGCUUGUCAUUGCUAAAGAACAUAAGCCGAAUUACGCAGUCACUUUUGACAAAGAAAAGUUAAAAUCUAAUGCGUUUCUACCCGUUAUAAACGGGGUGGAUUGCGACAUGAGCACAGACCGGACAUAUUGUUGGGUAAAUUGUGAGCAAGAUCAGGUUGGUUACUCUGACCACUGUUGUCGUUGCGUCUGUCGUAGAGGAUUCGCACUUGGAACAGAUAGACGGAGCUGUAUUAGAGUUUCAUGGACACCAUGGGAGUCGUGGACGCCAUGUUUGAGCACAGAAUGGGGAGGACUUGAAACACGAAGCAGACGAUGUCGUACAAAACAUGCAACAGAUGCGACAGGAAGAUGUGUGGGCGCUGGAAGUCAAUCAAGAACAUGCAGCAGAAUAACUAAAACAUUUAUCAUUCGAAAAAAUAUAAGGAGCUUGACAGAAGAAGAAACGUUUGAUAUUUUGCAAGCAUUGGCUCGUUUUAAGCAAGACAACUCCACGAAUGGAUAUACAAACAUAAUAUCUUGGCACGGCUGGCCAUACCGCUGCCCCUGGAACAAAAAGUUUCCUGGACAUAAGGAUGGACAUUGCAGUUGGCACACUGACUUGAGAUUUUGUGCAUGGCACCGAUUAAUUACACUCCAGCUGGAAAUGGGGUUAAAUAAAUACCUUCGGAACAAGACGCUGGGAAUUCCAUAUUGGGAUUGGACGGAAAGUGAUUGGGAUGAUAUUCCGUUUUAUUUUCGCAACAUAACCAUCCAUGAUCCUUAUAUCAACCAAACCUACCCCAACCCGUUCAAUCCUUCUGUUAUGCCAGGACACAAACCAAUUAACGGAAUCCCAUAUCCUGUACACGCUCAAAGAGGUAUGUCAAUAUCAGGCUUAUUGGCUUCCAACUACAUGCUGAGGGGUACAAUCCGGUCUUUGCUGGCGAACAAUUACCAGUUUUUCGAUUUACAAUUGGAACAAAAUCCUCAUAACCAGAUACAUGUUUGCUUUUGUAACGAAACGCAAAUCGUCAAUGCGACAUCCAAAAAGAAACGCUGCCAUUAUGGAAUGCCUACAACUCCAUACGCAGCGUGGGACCCUGCCUUUCUACUACACCACAGCCAAAUGGAUCGACUUUAUGCCCUGUAUCGACUUUUACGGGAAAAACUAGGAAUUCAAGAUUGGACACAAGAAAGAAUGUUUCAUGGAUACAAAAUGGCGACACAAGUCAGUUCUACCAAAGAAAGUGUUGAAAAUCUGCGAAAAGACGUUUAUUUUAAGUUUAAUAUGCCUCUCUCGCCAUUUUGCAAUGUCACAAUGAACCCAAACCACGUGACCGGUAGAAAGGGCACCUGGACAACCGCUGGCAGUUACCACUUCGAACAGCUCUUUGGGUAUCGUUACGAUAACUUUAAUCUGGACAGAAAACCUUGGCAAGUUCUACUUGCAGACAUGAAGUUGAAAUUUAAGCGUCCGAAUUGGGAUGAAGACUCGGCUCCGUUCGUUUCUCUUUUAAAACCAAGCUUGGGUUUAAUAACGAAUUACACAAGUUAUCCUGUGAGCGGCACCAAGGUAUGCGUCGGGAAAAACGAACAAUUUUUGCCCCAAGGGCAGUUUUAACUAAACUUUAGUUUGCUGCACCAAGAAGGCCUAUGAACUAACUUGUAUGUAUUUUAAACAUAUGGAUUCACCCCUCCAAAACCAGAAUGAAAGUUACACAGAAUUUUAUGUUUUUCGCUCAGUCUUCUAAUUUUGACCAUUUUGUGUUUUUAAUCUUACCGUUGUUCACUUGAUACGUUUUAUGGGUAUCAACAUUUGU